ACGUAUCAAUCGCCAGGAGUCUGCCGACGACAGAUCGCCGCGAAUCCGCCGAGGCGCGAGUGUCGCGUAAGGACAUUGUCGGGUGGUGGACCCGUCGUCCACCGUCUCCGCUCGCGCGAUCAUGACGGUCCCGCGGGCGCGAGACGCGCCGACGAGAUAGUCUACGAGGAGGGCUGGCUGGAGCCUCUCGGUUUACCCCCGGGGCGCCGAGAGUGUCGGACAAGUUCCUCUCUCGUUUGAGAGGGAAAAGGCGGGUAGAUCGAUAGGCCAGCUGGUGUGCGUGCUCGCGGCCGUUUUCGCAGCCAGUCGGUGCGACCGCGCGGGGUGCGGCCCAGGAUGGUGAAGGCACCGAGCGUGGCACCCGCCGGUGGAACGGCGGGUGUCAGGAGGAUCCAUCCCGGCCCCGAGAUCGCCAUGAACCCGAGGAAUCUGCCCACGGCCUCCGCGAGCAUGCCGCCUGCUAUGCGGGGAGAUGCCAAUGCUGUCGGCAGAACGACACCCGUUUAUCAUCUCCAGGUGGACGUCUCCACGCAGGCAGACCUCCACGGCGGCUUCGGCGGUCCUGGUGGUGUUAUGGACUCGUGGGAUCGUCGCGCGACCCCGUUGUACUCGCGCGAGGACAUCAAGGAGCAGUACUGCAUCACCAGCCGGCAGCUGGACGCCGUCGAGAAGUCCGGCGGCGGUUUCUUCGGGUGCCUGUCAACGAGGGGACCGUCGCCGUGCAGCACCACCAGAAAUUCCAUCCUGUCGGCGUGCGUGCGUAGUGUCCCCAGCGACGAGAACCUCUGCGACGCGCCCUACCCUCGAAGGCCCCUCCAAAUUAUGUUCCGUCAGCCUUAUCCGACCUACUCCCGCGGUCUGUCGCGGUACGACCUUGAGGAAGAGGCGGACUGGAUCGAGAGUUCCUACUUCAGACGGCGCCCGAGAUCGUUUUGCACUGUGCCCGACCCGAAAAGAUACACUUGGGUCCCGGAGGACGAGGAAUCCAUGAAGCUGGAAGGUCCACGGCCAGUACUGCCACCAGUACCUCCCCCUCCCGCCUCCGCGAUGACGAUGCAAAUAUCGCAAGCUCCAAAGGCGAAACAUGUGAGCUUCGCGAGAUCGCACACGCUCACGUCGUUCGAAGUCCCAAGGAACAUAAGCCCCCCGAGGCCACAUAAUCCGGAACGUCUUAUAGACUCGCAGCCGACUAUGCAGAAUACUAUAAUGCCUUCGUCCUUGCCCUUAGCCCAUCCUUAUCCUGGCGUUGAGCCACGUGUUCUUGUACUUGGUAAGUUGUGUCUCGCACAAUGA